GUCAAAGUGAUUGCCUCUGAGAAACCCGCCAGUCAGACAAUUGCGCAACGGACUCCCCAGCGAUCGCAAAGGCCCGGCCGAUGAGAGGGGACGUACGAGACACAGUUGAGUGCCAGUGACAGCUUGCAUUGAGCUGCACCUCUCUAGCUGACUGUCAACCAACGGAAUAUUGUGCAAACCGGCUUGCUCUUUCUGGCUUGAAAAUAAGCUUUUAUAUGUAGCAACUGAGCAAGAAUUCUGCACGAUCUUCAGACUUCAGGGGCCAAUUUUGCCAGGGCAGAUGCUUCCCUUCUGAAUUAGGGUUGAAAACCCUAAUUCAAGAACCCUCCAUUUGACUGGUAAAUUCUGCUUUGCAACUUUGGCCCAGGGUCCGGCAGGAAUGGCGUCCGUGGCUGUGAAAACUCCGGUGGUGCAGGCUAGCGAACAGAGCCCCUUGGAAGGCAUGCUGGGGGUCACUGAUUUGGGUAUGUUGGACCGGUCAGAAAGCCCCAAAGAUGGGGUGGAAACGCAGGCGGAAGCGGGUGGUGCGGAAACUCCGAAGAUGUCCAAGAAUCAGCUGAAGAAGUUGAGGCGGAAGGAGAGAACGGAAGUGAAGAAUGCAUACAAGAGAGUGAAGGAGAAAGAGAAGAAGAAGGCGGUGGCGGAGGAGCGCAAGAAUGCGACUCGCGAAAUGCUGGCGGGCAUGACCAAAGAGGAAAAGCACGCGGAGCUACAGCGGCGGAAAGAGGGGCGCAUCCAAAGGGUGCGGGAGAAGGAGCAGCGCAAGGUGCGGCAGAGGGACGCGUUACAGGGAGGGGCGGACCUCGUCAUCGAUCUAGAGUUUGGGGACCUCAUGGAACCACAUGAGCGCAAGUCGCUGAUGCAGCAGCUGAUGUACAGCUACAACCGCAACAGCCAGGGCGCGCAGCCCUUCCGGCUGUGCCUCACCGGGGUGACGGGCGCGAUGAAGGAACAAGUGCACGGCAUCUGCGGCUUCAACAAUUGGCUGGUGGUCAGCGAGGAGCGGUCGUAUCUGGAGCGGUUUGCAGACCGGACGUCGGACCUGGUGUACCUGACGGCAGAUGCGGACGACACGAUCCAGGAACUAGAUGCGGACAAGAUUUACAUCAUUGGGGGGAUCGUCGACAGGAACCGCCACAAGCGGCUGACGUACGACAAGGCGAAGUCACAGGGCAUUGCGAUGGCUAAGCUGCCCAUUGGCGAGCACCUGCGGCUGGCGUCGUCCAAAGUGCUCACCGUCAACCAUGUGGUGGAGCUUUUGGUGCGGUAUAAGGAGCUGAACGACUGGCAAAAGGCCCUGGAAUUGGUGGUGCCCACCCGGAAAAGGGCGGGAGACGAGCAGGACAGGUUGGCAACAAGGCCGCGAGUAGAAAGCAGCGAAGAAGAAGGGGCCCGGAAAGACGCGGAUCCGGAAGCUGGGGGAGCAGAGGCAGUAGGUUCAGAAUUGAAGGAAACCGCGAAUGCGAGAGAAGAAAGUAGCCGUCUGGAAAUGGUUCAGGAAGGUGCGACGUUGGAGCGCGUACAUAUGGUGCCUGGGGCAGGUUCAAAUGGAGGCUUAGCAAACGGUGAUUCAGACGGACGGGAGAAGGAUGUCGAAGGGUUGACGUCAGACCAGUGCGAACACUUGAAAGACGAAGGUGUGUGACGCAUAUGUGGCCUCGAUUGUAAGUUGCCUGUAUCAUUACCUCAGGUCGUCUGAGUACUUCAAGGAAAGGCUUACACCGCU